CUACUUGCGUUUAAGGAUUUCCUGCUAUAAGACAUCCUUCUUAUAACUUGCGAAAUUAAAAGUUAAAGAUUACAUCUGUAACUUUAUAAAAUUGAUUAAUUCUCUAAGUUUUAUUCCUAGGUAUGAAUAUAUUUUACAUUUUAUUGAGUGUAUGGCUUGUAGACGAAGUUUUAACAGCAACCAAUCAAGAUAGACUUACCCAGCUUGGAAAUGUAUAUAUAGAUACUUUGUUGAAUAAUUUUAGAAAAAGUUCUAAAAAAACAAAGAACCUAGAACGUGCAGAUUUCUUUGAUGUUAAAAAAUCUGUUAUUCGACAUAUUCUUAUAAAAGGACUUUCGUCGUUAUAUAGAUUUGAUGAUUGCAAAGCAUCGGUAUUGAAAGAUAAAUUAGGCGUAAGAUUGGACGUAACUUUAAGCUUAAAUUUUUUAACUUUUAAAAUGAAAGAGAAGAGAUUAAGAACGAAUAUAUAUAUUAUAAUAGAUGGAGAGAGCAAAGAUAUUAAUUUCAAUGCUACUUUUUUAGUGAAUUUAAAAGGAAUUGGCGAAUUAAUAGAAUUCUCUAACUAUAAUUUUAGAUAUUGUUGGAUUGAUAAAAUCAAGGUCAUUGACAGAGGUUAUGAACAUUUAUUGUUAUUGUUUAACAAUUAUUAUACCACCAGUUCCAAAGAAAUGAUAGUUAAAACUAUUGAGAGGAAAGUUCCAGUUUUGAUUCGUAAAGAACUGUCUAAAGUAAAAAUGGAUUCCAAAGAAAUGGUUGAUAUUCUUCAAGAAAUCCAUCUAAAGAAUAAGAAGAUAUCAUCUCAUAAUUUCAUCAAUGCAUUUGCCUAGAAAAGAUCUUACAUAUCUACUAGGCCUAUAAUCACGUAAAAUUUAGAAAAUAAACUCUAUUUAAUAUAUAAAUUCACUAAUCAUUCUAACUGCAUAGUCUAAUCGAGAAAUAAUAAAAAAAUGUAAUUUAAUAAAGUUUAUAAAUUAUAUCCAUUAUUAAACUUAUUUCAAUAUCAUUUAUUUUUUACUUGAUAGCACCUACUGUAACAAUUGAUGUUCCGCAGUUAAUAAAAUAAAUCUGUCUCUAGUCUUUAGUUAUUUAUUUGUUACUUUCUUAUUCAGAAUAACAAAAACGGCAGACACACAUCAGGUGUAACGAUAUUCUCACGUCGUUCGUGGAUAUUACUUGCUCGUAGUUACACUUUUUUACUGAAAGGUUUGGACUUCGCUGAUGGAAUUUUUCUUCUUCUCAGCUAAAUGUCCUAUGAAGAAAGAUGCUAAUUAAAUAGUGAGUGUUGUGUGUCGUACGAUUGUAUCAGAGUACAGUAUUUAAAUAUAUUUCGGAAGAUACAGUACUUCAUAACAGAGAUAAGUUGCUAUUAUCAUCACAGUUCAGCUAAAUGAAUAGUUAAUGGCUUUUACCGAUAUAAGAAUCCGAUCUCAAACGGUUGUUCAUAGAUAUUUUGCAUUAGUCUUCAUUUCCCAUUCUUCCUUUUACUCGUAUUGUUUGACUACUUUAUAAUAAUGAUGCAGACUGUAAAGAUGAUCCAUUGAGUUAGCACCAUAUGCAAUAAAUCUAAUUUAAUCAUUCAGAUAGUUUAUUCUUUUCUGAAUAAACAGAGAAAUUAAAAUAUUUUUCUUCAACAGCAUUUAUUUAGUUUUGUUUUCGUCUCUUAAUUUCAGAUUAAAACAUUUUUUUCAAGGAAUUCAACCUGUUAAGCGCAUCAUCUUUGACAAAGUCUUGUGUUAUUAGUAUAAAAACCAGCUUGAUCUUGGGUUUUGAACAGAAUUAUUGUUUUUGUUUAAUACGUCAUUAUAGCAAAACCGUGUGUUCUUGUCCCACUUUCUUUAAUAUAUAUAUAUAUUUCGCCUUAAAAUUCUACAUCAAAAUUCCAUAAUCUUGUACAAAUGUUAAAUUGUAAAAUGAUUGGACUAAUGAAAUAUAUCGCAAAUAAUGUGGUUCAAACACAAUGAAGUAAAUAUCCUAUAUAAAAUUUCAUCUCCAUUUCAUCAAAUUGGAUGUGAAAAAAAAUAUCUAUUUAAUGGAUCAAGGGAAGGGGAUAUCUACUAUUGCCGAAAAUCCGUUCAAUCCACGGGCGCCCAUACAUUGGGGCACAUGCCCCAUUUUCGUCGCGGU